AUGUCUUUCAGUUUCGCUACUACAGCUGCCGAUCCGCACGGUCUUCAUCAUUCGUCACCGAACAGUAUGCAUCCUCAACAGUAUGUAACACCAUUAGGUGGUUCAUCAUCGUCAUCUGCUGGUGGAUCUCCAACAACAACCGUACAAGUUCAAGCAGCUGCAGCUGCAGCCGCAGCCGCUCAAGCAGCCGCUAACAUGCCUUUAAUAGCAUCGAUCGCCAAUGUUAAAGAUUCGCGUUGGCUGACACUCGAAGUAUGUCGUGAGUAUCAACGUGGAAAAUGCACCCGAUCAGAACAAGAAUGCAAAUUCGCCCAUCCACCGACACAUGUUGAAGUGAACAGUGGCAAAGUAAUCGCCUGCUUCGAUUCAUUAAAGGGCAAAUGCAAUCGCACUAAUCCACCGUGUAAAUAUCUUCAUCCACCUCAACACUUACGCGAUAUUUUACUUCAGAACGGACGCAACAAUCUUAUUCUUCGUAGUAUUGCAAUGAAUAUCGCUGCUAACCAAGCUAUAUAUCCACAAACGGCAGCUCAUAUGCCAUAUACCAACGGUGCUAUUAUUCAAAAUCCCAUGCAACAAACCGCUCCUCUCGCCUCCUUUCCUCACAUGGGACCCACUGCUCCAGCCCAAUCAACAUUUUUGUUCAAUCAAGCCGGUCAAGCUUUUAGCAUUCCUUUGCAUGCAACUCAUUUACAACAAUUAUCACAAGCUACAACUGCAAGUGCUAUGUAUAGUUCCGAUGGUGCGCAAUAUUUUCAACCGGUGACCCAAUUAGCUGCACAAGCAACUGGACAAAAAGCAGCGCGUACUGAUCGUCUUGAAGUAUAUCCGAACAACAAUUCCAAUCAUGAUGCCUUGAAGGUAUGUUCAGAUUUUCAGCAUGGUCAAUGUUUGUAUAGUGCUGACACAUGUCCGCUUGCACAUCCGCCAGCACAUUGUCCACUUGAUGCAGAUGGUCUCGUCACCGUAUGUGUUGAUUAUAUUAAAGGCAAAUGUAUUCGUGAAACAUGCAAAUAUUUUCAUCCACCUGAACAUCUUGUUGCGCAACUCAAAGCAGCUAAAGCACAAUCGGCAACAGCUGCUACACAACUUUUUUCAGCAUCGGCAGCUGCUAUUCAAUAUUCAUCACCAACUAUUCAACUGGUUCAUCCUGUUGCAUUGAACAGUAGUCAGCCGAUAUUGGCUGCAUCGCCAACUACCUUUACCUAUUCCCAACAAACACCUACAGCACGUGCUUCUUCCUCGCCUUUGCACCAACAGCAAUCACUAUCAGGCCAUGAAGAUGAAGGAAAAUAUGCAAAUGGUUUUGUUGCAUCGUAUCAACCGUAUCCAGGAGCAAUACAAACAAUUUACACGCGAGCUCCAUCCGUUGAUUUAAAAGACACGUCAAUUAUUAAUUCAACCAAUGGUGAAGCGAUCGGUCUUAAUGGUUCAUCAUCGUCAUCCUCAUCAACAGGUGUAAAGGCAGCAAUUGAUCCUGUCAGCAGCAGCAUCACACAGCAGACAAAAAAACGACCGCUUGAAGACGAUACUGCUACUACCGGUGCCUACCUGCAGCUGCCACUUGGAGCACAACUCAUUGCGGGACCUCACUUUGUUCAACAACAACAACAACAACAAUCCCACCAUCAACAAUCACAGGCAGCAGUAGUGGCACAACAACAGCAACAACAACAACAACAGAAACGCUCGGCCAUCGCAGAUCCCAAAACGGGUAUACCCAUGGCUGCUUAUCCAGUAACAGCAUUCUCGUAUCCAUCACCAUCACCAUUACCCAUUCAAUUUCAACAACCUUAUUUGACCGCUGUUCCCAUGGCUUUUACUGGAUAUACUUCCCAUCUGCCGAGACUUUAA